AUGUCACAAAUCUCUACUUUGGAACAGAUCACCAACCUCGUCUCUUCUGAUGGUCUCAUUGGUGCUCUGCAGGCUCUUGGUUGUCUGCCCAAAGACCCUUGUUGCGAGAAAUGUGGGCACAUUAUGGUAUUACGUACUCGGGGCCGUUCUAUGGAUAAAUACGAGGUAUAGUGUGCAUAUGUACUUCUUCAGUUAUAGUUUCGGUGCCGCAAAGAGGGAAUUAGAAUGUUUAGUAGUAGAACGUUUAGAUCAAGCCCCCUACGUUUUAGAUGAAGCCCCCUACGUUUUAGAUGAAGCCCCCUACGUUUUAGAUGAAGCCCCCUACGUUUUAGAUGAAGCCCCCUACGUUUUAGAUGAAGCCCCCUACGUUUUAGAUCAAGCCCCCUACGUUUUAGAUGAAGCCCCCUACGUUUUAGAUGAAGCCCCCUACGUUUUAGAUAAACCCCCCUACGUUUUAGAUCAAGCCCCCUACGUUUUAGAUCAUGCCCCCUUACGUUUUACAAAUUAG